AGAUUAUUGCCAUCAGUUUCGGUAAUAACCUAUGGAUUGUUAUUGCAGAACAUAAAACACUUGUAUAAAUAAUCGGUGGUACUCAGAGAAAUCAGUUUGUAGUUCGAAGUUUUGAAACCAAACAGAAACUGUCCAACACGCGUGUCAUCUUAUUAGCUUAGACGUUUUUUAAAAACUGUUUUUAACAUACGAAAAUAUGAUGAACUGUAAAAAUAGUAUCAGUGUUUGGACAGUUGUAGUAUUCUGCUUAGUAAAGUGCGCACAAUCCAAACCGCAUAUUCAAAACUAUUUGACAAAAAAUGUUUUAAAUGGAAAAUAUAACGGACCUUAUGAAGAAAUCUGCACCAGCCAAGUGUAUUGUCAUGGUGAACUGUUAGACGACAUUCAAUAUUCAAGAAUAUUUGAAGAUUCUAAGAUCUUCGUAGAUUUAAAAAUGAAACGUAGUGAAAAUGAAAUUGUUGAAGAUUACAAAAAAUUAAAAAAAAAAAUAGGUGGUAUUCCAGAUAAUGAAACACUAAGAAAUUUUAUCGAAGAAAACUUUGAAGAUGAAAAUCUCGAACAGUGGACACCAGAUGAUUUCACAGAUAAUCCAUUAAUAGUAAAUUAUGUGGCCGAUCCAAACUACAAAGAUUUUAUAUUAAAUGUAAAUCAAAUUUGGAAAAUUUUGGGUCGAAAAAUGCCAAAUGAUUCAAAAGUUUAUCCUGAUCGCCAUUCUUCUAUUUAUGUACCAAAUGGAUUCUUCGUUGCUGGGGGUAGAUUCAAUGAGCUGUACUACUGGGAUACGUACUGGAUUAUAAAAGGAGCUUUAUUAUGUGGAAUGAAAUCUACUGUCAAAGGUAUUAUUGAAAACAUGUUGCAUUUAGUAAAAAUUUAUGGAUACAUGCCAAAUGGAAGUAGAGUUUAUUACUUGAAAAGAUCUCAACCUCCUCUUCUCAUUCAAAUGGUAUCGAUUUAUGCCAAAUAUGCUAAGGAUUAUAAAUUUAUUCGCGAUAAUAUAGAUAUUUUAGAAAGAGAAUUUCAAUUUUGGCUUAAUAAAAGAACAGUUGAAGUACAGAAAGAUGGCAAUGUAUACAUAAUGGCUCAAUAUAACACCCGUACUUUUGGUCCCCGACCCGAGUCUUAUUAUGAAGAUAAAUUGUUAGCUAAUUUAUUAUCUGAAGAGAAUGAUAAGAACGAGUUGUACACUAGAAUCAAAUCUGCUGCUGAAUCGGGUUGGGACUUUUCGAGUAAACAUUUUAACAACUACGGAAAAUUUUCAGAGUCACUUUUUAACACUAAUCCUCAAAACUUUAUUUACGUCGAGUUAAACGCUAUACUACAAUCAAAUGCUGACAUUUUAUCAAAUAUGUUUACCCUGGAAGGUAACUAUAAGAAAGCAAAUCUAUACGAGGGAAUUGCCAAGAGAUUCCAAAUCGGAAUAGAUGCUUUAUUAUGGAAUGACAAAAGAGGUAUAUGGAUGGAUUAUGACUUGAGUACUGAAAAAACUCGUGACGCUUUUUUCGCGAGUAAUUUGGCGCCUUUAUGGAUGGGUAGUUACGAUAAAAAGAAACGCGAUGAUUAUGGUGAACUAGCAGUAAAUUACUUGAUCGAAGAGAAAAUUAUCAACUCAGAUUUGUCACCUGUUUUCUUAGGAGUUCCGACUUCAACACAAAAUACUACGCAACAGUGGGAUCAUCCAAAUUGUUGGCCAUCGUUGCAAGCAAUGGCAAUUUUUGGUUUAGAUCAAACAAAAAACAGUAGAGCACAGAAAGUAGCAUUUAAUAUUGCUAACAGUUGGGUGUAUACUAACUAUAUAGGAUAUUACAAUACUGGAUUUAUGUUUGAAAAGUAUAAUGCAGUCGAUUUGGGAAAAAGUGGUAAUGGAGGAGAAUAUAAACCACAAACUGGGUUCGGAUGGACUAAUGGACUAUUAUUUGAGCUAUUUUUCCGAUAUGGACAUGUCCUUCACUCUAGUUAAACUGUGAAAAUAUUUAAUAUGUACAAAGUGAUUAUUUUAUUAAAAAUUUGUAAAAUAGUGUUUAAAAACAUCUUAUAUUUGUUAAAAAUUAUAAAUUUACAUGAAGUAUAAAUAUAAUUUCAAAAAUUACACUAAAUAAUAGUUUUUC